AUGCUUUUGAAUUUAGAGCUUGUCGAUGACAUCAUGAAGAAUGGAACGAAAAAUAGAAAGAAAAACGGCGAUGUGAAAAAGCAGCCCAGAAGUUUGAAAGAGAAGCGGCAGCAGAAAAACCUCGAAAAGAGGAAAUGGAAAAAAGCGGGAAUCACAACGGAGGAUGUUGUUCGAGAAUACGACUCACUGAGAAGUCGAGAUCCCGACUCAUUCAAAACCUUCGACGACUUUCCACUUUCUGAGGCAACACAACGAGGAUUGGCUGAUUCGAAUUACGUGGUUCCAACGGAAAUUCAACGCGACUCGUUACGAUUUUCGCUCAACGGCGCUGAUGUUAUUGGAGCUGCGAAGACGGGCAGUGGAAAGACUUUAGCGUUGGUGAUUCCGAUCUUGGAAUGUUUAUGGCGAAACAAGUGGAGUCGGGAUGAAGGGCUUGGAGCCAUUAUCAUCAGUCCAACUAGAGAGCUUGCUCUACAAACUUUCAAUACGAUUAAUAAAGUUGGACAAUAUCAUGACUUUUCUUGUUGCCUUCUGAUCGGCGGAGGGACGGAUAUCACUUUUGAAAAAACUCGAAUUGCCAGGAUGAACAUUAUUGUCUGUACACCGGGUCGUUUACUACAACAUCUUCAUGAAAACGACACAUUUUUUACCGAUCAACUUCAAAUGUUGGUUAUCGACGAAGCAGAUCGGAUACUCGAUUUGGGAUUUUCUUCUCAGCUGAAGUCAAUUAUUGAAGCGCUGCCAAAAGAAAGACAGGCCCUACUAUUUUCUGCUACGUUGACUUGUGAUGUGAAUGACUUGAGCAGAGUAUGCACAAAGGACCCUACAUUUGUUUCCGUACAUGAGAAGUCAAAUUUCGCCACCCCUGACGAGCUGAAACAACUGUAUUUGGUUUGCGAAGAGGAGGAAAAGUUGAACUUGCUUUGGUCAUUUAUCACAAUGCAUCGGAAGUCGAAAACUUUGGUCUUUGUUAGCACAUGUAAACAGGCACGUUUCAUCUAUGAAGCUUUUCAUCAGUUAAACCCGAGUGUUGUUUUGUUAGGCUUAUGGGGAUCAAUGAAGCAAAAUAAACGAAUUGAGGUUUUUGAAAGAUUCGGAAAUACUCGUCAAGUGUGUAUGAUUGCUACAGAUGUCGCGAGUCGAGGCCUUGACUUUACAGGAGUCGAUUGGGUUGUGCAAAUUGACGCUCCACCAGAGAUCGAUGAUUACAUUCAUAGGGUUGGACGAACAGCUCGAAUGGGGCAUGAAGGCCAAGCACUUCUCUUCCUUACCACAAACCAAGAAGAGUCGAUGUGUGAACUGUUUCUACAACGAAAGAUUCCUGUGACAAGGAUGGAAACUGAUAUAAAUUCGAUGAAGAACAUCCAACGAAAGCUUCAAGCCACAAUUGCUCAUUCACCCGAACUCAACGCAUUUGCUCAACGGGCUUUUGUCUCGUAUGUGCGCUCUGUUUUUGUUAUGAAAAACAAAAAUGUCUUCAAUAUUGACAAGAUUCACACAAAGGAGUUAGCCGAGUCGAUGGGAUUGAUUUCCGUUCCGAGAAUCCGGUUUUUACGCAAACAAGGGCACUCGCUUGAUGAUCCGAAAUUGAACGGGAAAACACAUGAGGGUACCACGGUUUUCACGGCAGGACACGAUUUUGGAGAAGAAAUCAAUGAUUUAUCAGAGGAUGAAUUGUUUACCGUAAAGAAGAAAAAUGUGUUCAAAGAUGAUGAUGCCGAGGAAAAUGACAUUACCGAAGAAGUCUUGCUGGAAGAAGCAAAUAAUCCUAAAAAGAAGCCGAGACUUCUCACACGGGAGCAUCUAGCACAACGGAUUUUGAAUAAAAAGAUUAAGGUUAAUAAACGAACAGUGUUUGAUGAUGAAGAUGGAGAAAAUGAAGAAACGAAUGAAGGAUCUUCUCUUGGAUUAAACUUGGAAGAAGCGAAACGAGAAAAGAUGCAAAAUGACAAAAUGGAUCGCAGAGCUUAUCGAGCAAAAAUCAAAGAACUGAAAGCGAAACGGAAACCUAAAGGGAAAAAGUCGAAGGACGAUGAGAUGGAUUUGGCGGGUGCUGAAGAUCUGGAGGAUGACAAUGAAGUCAAUUUGGAUUGGCUUCCUAAGCCUGAAGGAUGGGAUAGCGAUGAAGAAGAUGAUCUGCCUGCGGAAUACCAUCCGGAACUUGACGAGCUUUUGGAAAGAAAGAAGAAAAAACGAAAGGUCGUUGCUACGGACAAGACGAAAACGAAAAAGCGAAAGGUAAUCACAUCGACAGAUGAUGCGGAAAAAGAAGUGCUAAAUUUGAAAAUGGCGCAAUACUAUCCGGCUCCAAAAGUUGGGGUGGCGGAGAUGCGCGACCGAAGGCUGAACAAAAAUGUGGCGUAUUGGCGAAGGAUGCAACAAAUCUCGGUCUUCUCGGAACCAAACCAUGUUACAUCCGUCGCGAUCAGCCCCAAAGAGCCGCACCAUAUCGCUUGCACGAGCAGCGUCCGGCUCAGUCUUUAUGACUCAAAAUGGUCGCAGCAAGUUACCCAGUUUAGUCGCUUUAAGCGCGCCGUUUUUGGGGCCACAUUUCGGCGGGAUGGAGAAUUAAUUGCAAUUGGUGGCGAAGAAGGAAAACUCCGGAUCUUCGACGCUUUGAGAACGACAGGAAAACAAAAGGUACCAUUGCGAUCUCUGAAAGUGGGUGAUUGUGCUCUUCAUACUGUUCGCUUUUCGACUUCUGGCAAAAAUAUUUUUUCAAUGGCUGAUGAUGGAAUGAUUAAGAAGUACGAAAUAAUGGACACGGGGAUGGAGCCUAUAGUAAGCAUCAAGGCUCACGAUGAUGUGAUUCGUUGUGGAGCUGUCUCAGCGUCAAACGAGAAUAUUGUUAUCAGUGGAGGAUACGAUCAUAAAAUAAAACUUUGGGAUGUUCGAGCAGACUCGAGUGCUUCAGCCUCUUUGACUUUGAAUGCUGGAGCCCCCAUAGAAAAUCUCCUGUUUCUACCAAAUGAGAAUUUGUUGGCAAGCGCCGCUGGAAAUGUUGUAAAAAUAUGGGAUAUGCUUGCUGGUGGUCGCCUACUUACUUCAAUUCAAGCUCAUCACAAGACAGUCACUUCGCUAUGUCUUGGUGAAAAUGGCAGCUCUCUUCUAACUGGAGCAAUUGACCGAAGAAUAAAUGUGGUUCGCAUCGCCGACUUCUCUAUUAGCUACUCCUUUUCUGUUGCGGCACCAGUUCUUGCAUUGGGAAUGUCACCAAACGACGAAACGAUGGCAAUCGGAAUGGGCAAUUUGUUAUCACUUUAUCGAAGAGUUCCCGAGCGUCAAAACAUUGUCUCAUUGGACACGAGUGAUAAAAAGUCGAUUGUUCAAUCCAACGCUCCAACGGCAACGAUUCAAAUGAAAGGAACGGCGAAAGAAAACAUCGAAUUGACUGCAAAAGCACCUGAUCGGUUAUUCUUGUCCAAGUUCGAUCAAUUACUCAAAGCCUUCAAACAUCACGAUCUCGUCUCUGUUCUUUUCUCAAACAAAUCGAUAUGGGAUGAUGCUGGAUUGGUCGUUGGAAAGUUGCGAGUGAUAGCGUAUCGUGGAGCGUUGAAAGCAGCAUUUGCUGGGCAUAAACCCGUUCGACAAAUAGUAAUUUGCAAAUUUUUGUCGCGAAACUUAUUUUUGGAGCCAUAUUUUGAUACCCUUAUUGUUGUUGCGGAAGCCGUCUUUGAAGUCUUUUCAACCGAGGAUUUGGACGAGAAAGUCAUCUUUCAACUAAAUCGUCUGAAAGACGCCGUGCAAAGAGAAUUGACGGUGCAGAAACAAAUCUCGCAAAUGAUGGGCGGUUUGGAGUUGGUGUUGAGCAGUUCGAGGAUUGGGCAAAAGAUGAACACGCAAAAAACAUCGGAAAACUUGGAGGUCUUCGGAGAGCCAAUGAUAUCAUCGCUUCGAAUGGAUCUUUUGAAGCUGGACGAGGAUAAAGAAGAGAUU